CCCUCGAUUUCCCUCGCCCUCGGCCUCAUCCUCGUCGCCGGUCCCCCAAGGAACCAGAGAGCGCACCGCACCGACCAGCGCACAGCCUCUCGCCAAGUCCUCGACCUGUUUGCCGUCUCGCGUUGCUUCGCCUUCGUCUGCCCCAUCGUCGUCCCGGACCUCUGGGGCAAUUUUGGGUGUGGUUGCAUCGCUACAACGCCUCUUCAACCUUUGGGCAACACACGCCGACAAAGUCAAUCAACCCUCCAUGGCUUGACGAUGCGCAACCCGUCCGUAUCCAGAACCACCGUCACCCUCCCCUAGAAAUGCUAGCCGUUGUCUUCUCUCUCGCCUGAGUUGAGAGUCCCUCGCAAUCAUGCAGGCCGUUCCAAGUCUCGUGGGAACGGGCACUGCUAUUGCUGCAGCGGCCAGCGGUUUGGUAUUCGGCCAACCCACCGAACCAAACUCCGCUUCUCCCUCCCUCCGACCUUCGACCCGCAGUAGACGAACCUCUACCGACCGCGAGCCGACAUUUCGCCCUCGAGCGACCAAUUUCCUUUUCUCACGACCCGCAACGAGCACUACGUCGAACCCCCACGGGAGCUCACAAUACCACACCCUCCCGCGACCCGCGACGGCUUCAAGACCUCCCCUCUCCCGCUACCAACGGCCACCCCAACCUCAACCCCAGGCGACAGCGACGCCUCCACCUCCCAAGGUUAGCAGCAGGAAGUCGUCUUUCGUUAGGCGCACAGAGUCACCCGCUCCCAUCGCCGAGUCAAGAGACUCAAUCUCUUCCAAUGGAUCGUGGAUGAGGCGCCUAUCCCUCCGCCCAUUGUCCCGUCACGAAAGCCCCAGAUCCAGCAUUGGCCCCGACACUCCCUCCAUCUUCUCCCACGGCUCUGCUGCGCCGAUGCUCCCCUCUGACCCUGCUGCGCCAUCUCUCCCUCCGAAUAAACUUGUUAAGCGAUCGACGUCGACCCAAUAUACCGACGAAAACGCCGACGUAGGCCGACGUUCAAAGUCUCACUUGCCGACUUUGCGACGACCUGCGACGAGCCAUCAACGCUCUGCUACUCUUCAGAGGUUCCAGGUCGAUUCUACUGUGACGACCCCGACAGAGCCUCAUAAAUUCUCAUUCGGCGAUCACUCACAACCCCACGAGUUCCUCGCUUCACCCCCGAUCGUGACCCCGGUACGAUCAACCACAAGAAGUGGAUGGACAUCGUUUUUCCACACCAAGACGGCUAGUGUGAGCUCACGGGCAAGUCCCGGCCGUUUUGGCGAUCUCAGUCCGCAUGCUCGACUGGUAUACUCGAAGCGCAUUUGCACCGGCGAGGACGAACACCGCAACCGGGCCCAUCUCGUUAAGCCGCGACUGGUCACAGGCGCUUCAGUACCUUCAGCCUCUUCAGUGCCGUCAAGACUGUUGCCUGCUGCAGACAUUCAGGAAUCACGCCGUCUACCAACUCUGCCAGUUCAAGAAUAUUCACCAUCCCCCGAGGGCACGCCCUCAAGAGGACCGCGAAAGUCCAUUUCGAUGCCUUUUACGUCGGCAGGGAAUUGGGUGUCGAGGACCUCGGGCAGUAUCCGUCGGCCCAAGCGAGGCGCUGAGUCCAGAAACGGAAAUAAGCGACAUGUGUCAGAACCACUCACUGGCGCGCAGACCGGCGCAGAAUCUCCAGCCAAUCCCCCGCUAGAAUUGGCCAUUUCGCCAGCAUCGCCUACUCGGCAGGGGUCGGCGCUUGGUUCAGCUACCAUCUCGUCGCUGCGAACGCGUAAAAGGAACUCAUCGUCACCAGUCCCCCCGCUUUCAAGACUUUCAAGUUUCCAUGUGGAUGCGUCGCGAUUAGGGUCUUCCAGCGGGGUGCCCACUCACCACACUCGGCCUAAUCAACCCUCUGGAAGUUCGACCAGCUCUGCUGCCAUGUCACAACUCAGGGGACCGCAGCACGACAGGACCUCUACGAUGGAGAGCUCCGAGGCCGACACUCGGGACUGUACGUCGGUAGACGACGACGACACGGAUUUCAAGAGUGACACCAUGUUUGACUCUCUGCGGACGGUCGCAUCCGGCCGCGCACGGGCGGUUGAGACGCCUCUGGAGUCUAUGUAUGACGAGUCGCCGCCCAGUACCGCUGGCAACGGAAAGACGAAACGCCUCUCUAUUCAGGAAAUCCUCGGCCGGACGUGGGACGAGGACGAUAAGAUUAUGGAGGAGGACGAGAGUGUACCCACGCCGGUUCGCACAGUCCACCGGAAUGAGGCUAGCUUCGCGCGCCGAGAUAUGUCUGGGCCCCGUUUCAGGCUUGACUCCUCCUCACCCCGUGAUGUUUCAAUCCCCACCAAGGACUUCAAUCGCAUGUCCUUGGAUGACGACUUUGACGAAGACUGGGUCAGGGACGACGAUUUUCCGUGCAACCCUCUGUCACCUCCUUCCAAGGGCAACUCACUAAACUCCAGAAGAAUUAACCCCAACGUGCGACUGGCCCUUGCCAACAUCAGUGGCAACGGGAUGCUCGACAUGAACGGCAACGACAGCCAUAGCGAACGACCGCUAAGCAAUCUGUUUGACUGGAGCGAGCCUCCAACCCACGACAAGUACGACACAGUCGGGGGACGCUCCCCACGCCCAAAGACUGCGUACGCAAAGCAAGAGAUGGACUCUAGAGGCGGCCGCUCAGCUAUUCGGAAAGGACCCACGCCGACCCAUGUGCGCAGCCAAAGCGUCCCCGUCGUCCACGAUUCUCCAGAUGACCCGAAAACCUCCGGAGCCAAGUAUGGCACGUGGGGGAUGGGUACCAAGACAGUCAGCGAAGACUGGGAUGAUGACUUCGAGUUUGGCGGUGGUGGCAUGGGAACCGGCGACAAAGAUGACAAGAUGUUUGCAGUUCCAGAGUCGAUCCGAGCCACACAACCCAGUGUCAAAGCCCAUUCGGGGCACAUCCGGGAAUUUUCUCUCCUCGUCAACGAUCUGAAACGCCUCUGUCGCCAUGGCCGGGACAUGGAUAUGCUCGAAGGGUCACAACGAGGCUUGUGGAAAGAAGCAGAAGGCAUCAUUGCCUUGGCAUCGCCGGACGAGGACUCGAUGGAGGAAGAGGAUGAUGACCAGAAAUCUACGUCGUCGAUCAACUUUGACGCCUUCGAAAUUGACGAACGCUUUGGCGACGACGGAUUUGACGCGCACUCCAUGGACCGCCUGGAUGCUGCCUUUGACGGUCGGGAACCCGCGAUGUCAAGAACGGCCGUGGUACGGGAACGGCAUUCUCCCAGGCGACGAUCCGUCUUCUCGCCCGAAGAUGACAUAUUCGGCAACUGGCCAUUAGCAGAUGCAAACCAUGUGUCGAACCGGUCAAGCCGGCCUAGAACACCCGAGAACCGAUCGCACAAAACCCAUGAUGUGUCCGGAGUUGUCCGUUCUGUCAUGGAAGCUAUGCAACAUCGCACACAGCCUGACGAAGUUUCUCCUAACGAUGGCAAGGUACACUUUGACACAAACAGUCUCAAGGCCUUGGUCAAAAGGGCGGGGGAUCUACGCGACUGCCUUUCAGAUGCCAUCCGACGAGCAGACCAAAUCACACACAGUCCUGCGCGAACGCCUCGACAUGAACGCCAACUCGAAUCGAGCCCCGCCUUCACCCGCGUUUUCGAUGACCCAGGCUCGAGCCCGCCACGACGAACAGUUAGGGGUCGAGGAAACAUCCCUCUCAUGGAUGGCACAUCAACAGAGAACUCUCCCUCCAGCCUGCCCCAACGGAUGCAGAUGAUGACUGUCGGUUGAAAGUCACUCUGUUGGAGGACUGAACAGGUGCUCUGCAUUCUUGCAUGAGCGUGUACAAAAGAUUUUGUGGAAUUUUGUUUGCAUAGCGACGGUCUCGGAGGU